UCCAUUUGAUGCAACAUGAUUGCAACAUGUAAUCAAAUUAGUACAUUUUCCGGAAACAUGCAAUAUUUCUUAUUAUUUCUUCUAAUAAGUGUGACAAUCCAUUGGUCAAUUGCACCACCUGUUAAUCAAAAAAAAGAUAAGGAUCAUGAUAAAAAUGAUGAAGUUGAAGAUGUGGAAGAAGUGGUAGAUAUGGAGUACCGUAGGUACCUAAUGGAAGUUGUUCAAGCAUUAGAAAGUGAUCCUGAAUUUCAAGCAAAAUUGGAAAAUGCAUUGGAUUCAGAUAUACGUACAGGGAAAAUAGCUGAAGAACUACAGUUUGUAAAUCGUAAUGUUAGAACAAGAUUAGAUGAGAUAAAAAGAGAAGAAUUAGAAAGAUUAAGACAUCUUGCAACCAAAGAAAAUGAAUUGAAGAAUGGUUUAGAUGUUGACCAUUUAAAAAUACCUGAACAUUUAGAUCAUACUAAUACACGUACAUUUGAAAUUCAAGAUCUAAAGAAAUUAAUUGCUAAGACUACUAAAGAUUUAGCAAAAGCUGAUAGAAAGAGACGAGAGGAAUUUAAACGGCAUGAAAUGGAGAAACAAUAUAAAGAAAGAGAAAAAUUAAAACAAAUGAAUGAUGCAGAGAAAAAGAAAUAUGAAGAAGAAUUGCAAACAAUGAAAGAAAAGCAAAAAAAACAUGAACCUAUACACCAUCCAGGAAGUAAACAACAAUUAGAGGAAGUAUGGGAAAAACAAGAUCAUAUGGAAAAUGAAGAAUUUAAUCCUAGAACAUUUUUUUUCUUUCAUGAUGUUGAUGGUAAUGGAGUAUGGGAUCAAAAUGAAGUUAAAGCUUUAUUUUUGAAAGAAUUGGAUAAACUUUAUGCUCAAGGAGCACCACAAGAUGAUUUUUUAAAACGAGCCGAAGAAAUGGAAAGAAUGAGAGAACAUGUAUUCAAUGAAGCUGAUCUCAAUAAAGAUGGUCUUAUUAGUUAUGAAGAAUUUUUGGAACAAACAAAAAAACCAGAUUUUCAACAAGAUGAAGGAUGGCUAGGAUUGGAUGAACAACAAAUUUAUACUCAGGAAGAAUUUGAAGCUUUUGAAAGACACAAACAAGAAGAGAUGCAAAAAAUGAUUGCUAAAGGAAUGCUACCACCACACCCAGGUAGUAUACCGGCACAAUCCGAGCCGUUUCCAUCACAAUAUGGACAUGCACCAGUUGCACCUGGAUUAAUUCCACCUCAAGUAGAUUCAAAUCAAAAUGUUAUACAUCAGCAACAAUUUCAAAAUCCACAAUAUCAGCAACAGCCACAAAUUGUAAAUCCUCAGCAAAUUCAACAACAACAACAAUUCCAAAGACAAAUACCGAAUCAGCAAUAUCAAUAUGUGCAAGUACCUCAAGAACAAAAUCCUGUUCAACAGUUACACUCUGCACCUAUAGCAAAUCAAGGGCAACCUCAUUUGGUUCAACCUCACCAGUCUUUAGGUCAACAAAUUCCAGUUCAACAGAAUGAACAUCCAGUUUCAAAUUUGCAACAACAGCAAAUAAAUCAAAUACCACAAAAUAUUAACGUGCCACAGCAAAAUAAUCAAAAUCAGCCGAACUUGCAAUCUACACAGAUUCCUACACAGCAAGAAAUUAAUAAAGUACCAACUGAUCAGAAAGUAUAAUUUUAUCUCUAAUAACAGGUAAUAUUUUUAAACAUAAUAUGACAAAAAAUUAAUCAAGAUAUGACAAGAAAAACGAAGCAUUUAAAAAAAAAAAGUUCAAAUUUUUAUCAUUUUAUAAUAUUUUUCAUAUCUUCGUUCUUCGUUUUCGUUUUCUCAUUAAUUCUCUAGCAUCUGUAUGUAUACAGAACGCUAACGUUUCAUGAAAGAUUGAAUAAUUAAUUUUUCGCAUUUAUCAUUUAAAAUAUAAAUAAAAGUAUUUCAAAGAAACGCAAUCGUUGAAAAAAACAUUGUUAUUUUGCUACCUUAGAUCCUUAUGAAGUAGUAAUUCGUUUAUUCUGUAGUAUUAGAAGCUACUACGUUUCUAUGAAGAAUAACAUUUAAAAUCAUCGCGUGCAUGGAAUGAUAAAAAUUUAGGAGAUGGGUAUGAUGUGCGAUUCAGUGAAAAAAAAAAUCGUAUUUAAUUUCUCAUAUUUAUUAUUGCAUACUGUUUAUGUUAGUAUAUUACUUAGGUAUACGUGCCAAAUAGCAACUUAAAUAUAUGAUUGCGUGAUUCAUCUGUUUGUUUCACCCGUCAAGCACGGAUAGGUAGGUAGGUGGGUAGGUAGGUAGGUAGGUAAUGUAACGCUUACUCUACUAUAUAUAAGGUGUAUUUAUAAUUAUAGCAUAUGUUGGUAGAACGUCAUCUUACAUGCUAAUCGGUAAUAAAUAAAAGAGGAAUUCGUAAUGGGUGACAGGUUUUGCUUGCAUCCGUGACUAACGUAAACUAUUUCCAAAGCCUCAUUUGAGGUGUUCGGAAGGAAACGGAAACAAACGUCGCUUCGCGAUUCGUCACGGGUACACACACGUUUCGAGCGUUUUCUUAAAGUCACGCGCGCAACUAUUCGUAUAGUGUGUCGGUUUUAAUCAAUUCGACUAUCUACUCAAAAGAAAUACUUUGUUUUUAAUGUAAAUAGAAACAAUAGUAACUAUAAACUAUCGCCAUCUGCAAAGAAACUUGCGUUUAUCGUCAUUUUUUGGACAGCGAGCGUCUUCUAUUGUAAGCUGCGACAAUUUUGAAUGAAUCGAUCGAGAUUAGAAACUGAAACGAAGACAAUUAGACACAAUUCGCAGGUUCACGCGAUCGAGGUUGAAAAGUGAUAGAAACAUGUAUAUAACAACCGCAAUAACGAUUCGGAGACAUUCUCUAAAAUUUCGAGAUAAGAACUGGUCGGAAAUUGCUACGAUCAACUUCGAUCGCGAGAGCGCAUUACGUGGUCCUUUUCGAUUUCGCUCCUAAUUAUUCGCGAGGCACUGGUCGGAGGCCAUCUGCGCUCCUCAACAUUAUUUGCAAGCGCCUUUAAAAAUAUUUAUCCGUACCUUUCAGAACGCCUUUCUACCUCUUACUACAUCGACCAAUGCCUCGUUAGCGCACUAUGGCGGCAAAUUCAAAUGAAACAGAGGCUCGGAUCUUAAAUUACAUAAAAUACCUUUACGACCGGACAAAUAAAUAUAUUACAGGUUACGUUAAUAAAGAUGAACUUUGUCGUAUAAUAA